CAUGGCCUUUCUAGCACACACCAUGAUUUCCCAGCUCCUCCUUGCGCUGGUUUUUCUCCGAGCAGGACUUGGAUCAGGCCAAGGCUUUGGAUUCACGUUCAACGGUUUCCGGCCAGUUGACCUAGACCUCGAUGGAAUUGCAGAGAUCACUCCGAAUGGCCUGCUCAGACUGACAAAUGAAUCAGACCAAAGUACUAGCCAUGCAUGUUAUCCCCACCCAAUAACCUUCAAGAACUGGACGGAAGGCUCGGUCUUCUCCUUCUGUACCACGUUUGUGUUUGCUCUCAUCUCCGAGAACCCAAACCGUGGCCAUGGGAUCGCCUUCUUGGCCGCCCCCCAGAUGGGCUUUCCCGGGAGCCUUCCAAGCCAGUACCUUGGACUCUUUAAUGCGACCAGUAAUGGGAACACUACCAACCAUGUGUUUGCCAUCGAGCUGGACACGAUAGAGAGCACUGAGUUCCAGGACAUCAACAAUAAUCAUGUCGGGAUCGACAUCAACAGCCUGGUCUCUGCCCACGCUGCUCCAGCAGGGUACUACCCUGAUGGUGGUGCUGGAAAAUUUGAAAACCUGACUCUUAUCAGCGGCCGACCUAUGCAAGUCUGGGUGGACUAUGACGGGACUGAGAAGAGAAUUAAUGUAACUUUAGCGCCCUUUAACGCUGCUAGACCGAGCAUUCCUCUCCUGUCCCUAUCGCUAGAUCUCUCACCAAUCGUUAAGAAGACCAUGUUUGUUGGGUUCUCAUCAUCGACGGGUUCAUUCACAAGUUCCCAUUACAUUCUCGGCUGGAGCUUCCAGAUGAAUGGACAGUUAGAGGGGCUUGCUUUGUCUGAGCUUCCUAACCUUCCCCAAAUAGGAAAGAAGCCGACUUCUAAGCUGCUGACAAUCGCAGUUCCCAUAAUAUGCUUAUUUUCCAUUUCCGUGUUAAUCUUGGGACUGGUCUCUUACAUUAGGAGAAAGAGGAAGUUUGCAGAGAUUCUUGAAGACUGGGAACUCAAGUAUGGGCCCCACCGGUUCAAGUACAAGGAUCUGUACAUCGCCACGAGGGGAUUCGGGGACCAGGGAUUGUUAGGUGCAGGUGGUUUUGGGAGGGUCUACCGAGGGGUGCUGCCCACUUCAAACACCGAGGUCGCUGUGAAGAGGAUCUCUCAUGAUUCCAGGCAAGGGAUGCGGGAAUUUGUCGCGGAGAUAGUCAGCAUUGGUCACCUCCGGCAUCGGAACCUAGUCGCACUUCUUGGAUAUUGCCGGAGGAAGGGUGAGCUCUUUUUGGUGUAUGAUUACAUGCCGAAUGGGAGCCUCGACAAGUACCUCUUCAACCAGCCAAAAGUCACCCUCAAUUGGACCCAAAGGUUUAGGGUCAUAAAGGGUGUGGCCUCAGGACUCCUGUACCUCCACGAAGGGUGGGACCAGGUCGUGAUCCACCGCGACAUUAAGGCAAGCAACAUUCUUCUUGAUGCUGAAUUGAACGGGAGAUUAGCAGAUUUCGGGCUUGCAAGGUUGUAUGACCACGGGAUUGAUCCUCAGAGCACCCAAGUCAUGGGGACUCUAGGGUACCUUGCUCCUGAACAUACCAGGACCAGCAAGGCCACGAAGACCACCGAUGUCUUCAGUUUUGGGGCUUUCCUCCUUGAGAUGGCUACUGGAAGGAGGCCGAUCGAGCCACGAGGGACUCAGGACGUGAUCUUGGUCGACUGGGUGUUCUCCUACUGGAGCAGAGGAAGAGAGAUUCUGGAGGCGAGGGACCCGAACUUGGGUGAAGACUUUGUGGCCGAGGAAGUUGAGCUGGCGCUGAUGCUGGGCCUGGUAUGCUCUCACUCGGUGCCUGGUGCGAGGCCUACGAUGCGUCAAGCGGUACAGUACUUGGAAGCAGACCUGCCAAUGCAGGACUUAUCAUCCUCCCUGAUCAGUUUUCAUUCGAGUAGGGUAAGGUUCGCACAUCAAGAGGCAUUCGAUGAUUUUGUUAGGUCGCAACCUUGUUCAACGGACAAGGCAUUCUCAGUUUCUUCCUCUAUUGCAGAUUCCCUUCUCUUUAGUGAGAGAUAAUAUUGAGCUCCCAUAAUAAAGGUGUUGUGAAGAUAUCUGGGUCUGUUCAUACUUUUGUAUGCUCCUAAUUUUAUGCCACAGUGAAGGUUAACACAUAAUAAAGCAGUCCAUGGCUAGCAGAUAACUAAAUUGAUUUCA